UUAUUAUUAUUUGUUUGAUGAUACCUAUGUCAUUUUGUUAACAGCCGGAUCUCCUUGCAUUUGGUAAACAUUGGCACAAUUGUGAAAAGUGGAUGCAGCGAAGGGCUCUUCGUAAAGAUGUGACAUGCAAUUUUUGUAAUAGCAAAAUAUUUGUAAGAAACAGCAAGCAAAUGCAAAUGUGCAGUCGAUGUGUGGAAUGUGACAACAUUAUACUCGGUCGAUAACGAAUGGUUGACGCUAAUCGAAGAUUCACUGAUGACUGAUGAUGUUUCUUCGGACAACGAGAAAAAACAGCUGCUAUCAGUCAGCAGUGAUUUUAUUACUUUAGAAGAAGAGGAGAAAGAAAACAUAUCAAAUGGCGGGCAGACCCCCGAAGAAACAUUUAUCCAUGGACAGUGGCAACCACGAAUAUCUCAGUCAGCGGCUGAUAAAGUAAUUGCAAGAAUGUAUAAUAUUCCUUUUAUGAUCGGGAACGAUAUUAUCUCCGGCUAUUACUUCUUCACGUCAAAGGGCCGACUUGCUUCAGAGAUGUUAGAACUUAUGAAAAUAUUAUUUACAAAUCAUUCCGAGAAGCUGAUCAAGCAAGGGGGCUCCUUUUUGACGAUCAAGAAUGGGAAAGAUGUUUGGAUGAAGCAAUUGGUUUCAAACUUCCUCGGCAAUUACGACAGCUGUUUGCGUUAAUUUACGUAUUUUGUGAAGUAACUGAUCCUAAUGCUCUUUGGGAAAAGUUUGCAUCACAUUUUAUCGAAGACUUUACAAGAUCACGCCCUCAAAUAUUAUCCAAACAAUUGGCUUUACAAGUAAUUGAUGAAACAUUAAAACUCCACGGAAAGAGGUUAACAGAUUUCGGACUUCCGGAGCCAGAUAUUGAUGAAAAUAAUAUUUUCUUAUCUGAUCCCGUUUAUCAAAUGAAAUGGCUAUAAAAAUACCAAAAAUUGAACACCGAACAAAAAUAUGUGGUCGAUACAAUACUAAACGCUGUGAAUAAUCCCACAGAGAGAAAGCUGUUUUACCUUGACGACCCAGGAGGAACUGGUAAAACUUUUGUAUUUACAACUAUUUUACAUAUUUUAAGAUCUUAAAACAAUUUAUGCCUACCCGUAGCGUUUUCUGGUAUUGCAGCAACUCUGUUAGAUGGUGGUAGAACAGCUCACUCGCGAUUUAAAAUUCCAAUUAAUUCAGAUGUAGAUUCUACGUCUCAUAUGUCGUUAGGGUCAACAGCAGCUAUGUUAUUGAAGGAAACUCAUUGAAUCAUUUGGGAUGAAGCACCCAUGACUAAAUGUCAUGAUAUUGUUGUAAUUAAUCGACUCUUUCAAGAUAUAAUGAAAAAUAAAUUACCUUUUGGAGGCAAAACUUUGUUAUUCGCAGGAGAUUUUCGUCGGAUUUUAGCAGUUGUAGUUAAUGGGUCACGAAAUGAUAUUAUAAAAGCUUCAAUUAAGCACUUUUCAAUGUGUGAUUUUCGGCAUGAUGUGUGUAAUCCAAACGAAUAAAUCACUAUGCGAAACUAAAUGACAUUUAAACUAAAAUAAAAAUAAUGUGUG